GUGCGCACCAGGACGAAACACACGCACACAAGGGAGCGCGCAACCCAGCGCACACCAGCUCCUGUUUCAAAACACCAACCAUGCCUCUCUCUCUCCUGGAGAUUCCGCGUCCGCGGACAUUCCUCCAUAUCCUCUCCCUCCGCACAGGCGCCGAAAUAAUCACGUACCUCCAACUGAUCAACAAAGUCUCCGGAUUCUUCGGACUCCUCGCGCUGCUAACAGGCGCCCAUCUCACCGCCCUCCAAUUAAGCAUGUACCUCUACUCCGCCCUCGCCUUCCUCGCCACGCUCCUCCUGGCAAAACACAUCAAACUGCAGACGCCGUUCCCGAACCUGCUCCUCGCGCACCUGUACGCUUUCGACUCGGUGGUGAAUGCGCUGUACACGGCCAUCUUCGGCAUCGCGUGGUUCUCCCUCCUGGCGCAACAUCCCGGCGACUCAAAAGCCCCCGGCGCAGCCACCAUCUCCGAAAACGCAGGCUUCACGAGUCCCCAGUUCAACGUGUCGAAAGUCGAAGUCAUCGCCGCGCCGGCGAGCGGUCUGCCAUCGGGCCAGGAAGCCGUAGCCGCCGGCGUCGGGGCGGGAGCUGCCAGCAGCGCGGGCUUGGGCGGUGCCGUGUUCCAGUCCGGCAGCAUCAUGAGUAUUUCCAUGAUUGUCGGGUUCUGGGCUCUCAGGGUGUAUUUCGUGUUUGUCAUGUUGGCGUUUGCGAGACAGUGCCUGCGGCAGCACAUUGCGACCACUGCGUCGGCCGGCUGGUACGAUUCCAACAUGCAGACGACGGCGGGGGCGGCGAAUCUCGCGGAGAAUCCGUUCGAGGAGGGGAAGGAGGAGGGGGCGGGGUUCAAGGGCAAGCUGGGAAGGAUUAUGCUGAAGGGUGCGCCUGUGUAUUGGCUCGGUGCGGAUGAGGGCGAGGACUGGAUGCGUGGGCUUGGAGGCAAGUUCCGCAAGGCGAGUAUUGGGUUGGAGGCUGGGCAGGGGGUGAAUGAGAGGGAGAGGAGACGGAGGUCGGGGACGGGGCCGCCGGCGCCACCGAGGGAGAUUAGGAUUCCUCAGUUGGCGGAUUUGCAGGAGGUGAGGUGAUGGGUGGUCUUGGUUGUUCUAUUGGAUUGGAUAUAUGGGGUUGUAAUUGCAGGCUUCAGGUGGCCGAGUUGGCACAGUGGGGAUGGGAACUCUGGUGCGUUUCGAGCGUUUGAGCAAUGCAUAGUAAUUAGAGUAGAGUCUGUACGAUACCAAUGAUGAUACAUGAACGCAAG